AUGCCCAUACAGAAACGAAUACGCGCCAGAAUUGAAGGUGGCUUGGCAAGUUUUGUCAAAGCUAUCUACUUGUGCGGUUUAAUGGAAAAGCCGUUACGCGGAUCGGAAUUUAGAACAUUACAGCCCAGCAACAACGUUUACGAUCUGCCAAAUCCAAGAGAAGGGCUUUUUAAUGCCUUUCUGUACGCGUUUUUGGACUCCGGUGACAACGCCCUUCGAGAUCAUUUAGAGAUGUCACCGGUGAUUUUUGGUAGCGCUACCCACCAAAAUGUUUUUAUCGAUCUUAUUCGAGAAAAUAUUCAAGCACGAAUACUGAAUGACGUAAGGGAAAGCCGGUUUUUUUCCGUGCUCGCAGACGGGACCACCGAUGUAGCAAGAAUUGAUCAACUGGCCCUCGUAUUGCGAUACAUCAACAAAAACAAUAUAAUUGUUGAGGAAUUUCUUGAGUACGUCUCAAUCAGCAAUGACACCUCUGGGCAGGGAAUAAGCAACAUCAUAUUGGAACGUUUACGAUUUUGGAAUUUAAAAAUCGAAGGUCUUCGGGGGCAGGGUUAUGAUGGAGCGGCCAACAUGGCUGGUUGGAUGAGAGGUGCCCAUGCAAUUAUCCAGCGAGAAUAUCCACUAGCAAUGUAUGUGCAUUGCUGGGCACAUAGCCUCAAUUUAGCCCUUCUUACCAGUUGUAAAAAUAUAUUAAUACGAAAUCAUCUUAUGCUACUAAACGAGCUUUCCAAUUAUUUUGGAUCGGCCAAGCGUGCGGAUGCCCUUAAAAAAGAAGCAGUUAGGCUGAAGACGAAAGGACGGACUGUGCUUAAAGUGUGCGAAACGAGAUGGACAAAUUACGCUAUGAACACUAACCGGAUGCUAUGCAUGUUUCCCGCCUUAAUCGAAGCACUGAAAACCUUAGCUAAGGACAACAAUGUCGCGAGCAAGAGAGGAGCCGAGAAUCUGCUCAAACAACUUUUAAAUUUUGAGCAUAUACUCUCCGCGUUCGUAGCUCAUGAAGUGCUAGGGAAAACCAAAAGACUGAGCGAGUCCCUGCAAACGAAAAAUAACUACGAUUACGCUAUGGCCAUGCGUAAUGUGCGGGCGGUUAGAGAUUCAGUCGCUAGACUGCAGCAGUAUACCGACGAACGCAAUGAAUUUUUGCGAGGCGCAUGGAAUCGUACAGUUGAUUUAUUGUCCAAUCACAACGUCAACCCGAGCAUACCAAGGCUUUCAAAAGCAAAAAUGGCAUCUUUGAAUCUAACAAAGCCAGAUCCAUUUGAUUAUUACGAAAGAGUCCUUGCGGCUCCUUUUAUCAAUUCUGUUGUUUCGGCUCUUGAUGACCGGUUCGGCAAAAGGUCACCCAUUUUGGCAAAGUUGUCUUCUCUUAUCCCUUCGGUUCUUGUAGCCGAAAACCUCACACAGCCGACUGCUGGAGAUUUUGACACGCAUUUUAUUCAGUCGGUUUACCCGCAGCACGCGGUUCAACUGCGUGAGAACGGCGGAACUCGGUAUUAUAUACUGAAUACAGACUCAACUGGACGAGGAUUUCACUGGUUUGUUGUAGCCAUAACAUACGGUGCAAACGAGCGGGAUGCGCCUAGAACAUCACAGCGGAGGGAGCUGAAAGAACUUGAGAGUCGGUUUACUUUUAUCGAAAAGCAACUUGGAAUACCGAGGGGCUUCAACGCUGACGGUAACGAGUACAUGGAAGUCGACGAUGAUUAUAUGGAGCAAGUUGGCGGAGCGGAGAACAUAACGGAACGAAUGGAAGCGGAUGACUUGGAACAUAUGGAUAUUGACCGAGAGGAGGGUGAAGAAAUGGACAAAGGAACUAACUCUAUUUUAUAG